UUUUGGAAAACAUAAACAUGAGUGAAAUGCAGAUCUGAAUUUCAUCAUAAUUUAAAAUCUUUUUCUUUACUAUUUUCCUUUUUUGAAACUGAUAAAUAUGUCACUUUUGCCCAAAAUUUCAAGAAUUGCGAGUUAUGUUGAACAUACAAAAUCUUUCUCUUGCUUAAAUUUUAACGCUUUCCAUAAUUUAAACAAGUUUAAUGUUUGUCCCACAUUUUCAAGUUCAUUCUCAUCUGUCAAGCAGAAUUUUGAAAAUGAUAACAAACAAUCUGUUAAAGAAAUAAUAGAACCAAAGAAAACUCUGUGGAAAGUAGUCAAUGAAGCAUUUGCUGUUCACCAAAAUCCCAACAUUAAACCUUCUGUGUCAAUUCAAGAAAUUGAACAUGGUGAAACUAAACAAAAAAUGUGGCAAGUUACAAUAAAUAUGACAUGGCCUAGUAAGUUUCAAGUUGAAAGUAUUGCUAGCAGGAAGCUUGAUGCUGAAAAAGAAUCUUUUCUACUCGCUUGUCUUAAAAUGAAAGAUUUAGGUGUUUUAGACAAAGACAAUAAUCCUGUUCUCCCUGAAAAAGUUGUAGCAUUUGAUGACAAUAAUGUUGAAAAUUCUAAAUCUGUCCUGUGUAAUAUUUAUGAGCGUAUUUGGACACGUUAUGGAAAAAAAGAAUAUAUCCCUAAGUUCAAAACAGUACAAACUGAUGGUCUUUUUGGUAAAGAGAAAUACUGGAGAUCGGAACUUGCUUUGACUUAUCCAGAACCAAAGACGUUUGAAGCUUUUGCUGGACGUUUAAGGGAUGCUGAAAGAAUCGUUUCUGCCAAAGCUUUGUCUUGGCUGAAAGAAUUAGGACUUAUUAAUAAGAAGAAAAGAUUGAUUCUGUAUUCACGCGAUGAUGAUGUGAAACUUUUGGAACUUCAUUCGUCUCCAUAUUCUCUCUCUAUUCCUCAUGAGUUGCAAGAUGAAAUGAAUUCUAUGUUUAAAUCUUUAAAUGAUAGAUCUACAGUUUUCUCUGAUGACAUAUUUAAUGAAACACCUGAUAAAAUGUGUCAAGACAGUAACUCUGUGAUUUAUGAUAUAAUUACCGAAAAGCCAAUGCAAGAGAUUUCAGAAAAGGAAAUCCAUCAACGAUGUCAAGAAAUGUUUGAUAAAAAUACAUCUCUUAUGCAAUGCAAGGAUCCAUUUCUGGAAGAAAUAAAAUCGACAAGAUUGCAGCUACCUAUUUUUAAUAAAAGGGAGGACAUCAUACAACUUGUCAAUAAAAAUCAAGUUGUUGUGAUUUCUGGAGAAACAGGAUGUGGUAAAACUACUCAGGUUCCACAAUUUAUUCUUGAUCACUAUGUUAACAAGAUGGAAGGUGCACACUGCAAUGUAGUUGUUACUCAACCAAGAAGAAUUUCUGCUAUAUCUAUGGCUGAACGAGUUGCUGCAGAAAGAGGAGAAAAGGUUGGUGAAACUGUAGGGCAUCAAGUUCGGUUGAAUAAAAUGUUACCUUCACAAAAAGGAGCCAUACUUUAUUGCUCAACCGGUAUGCUGCUUCGCAAAUUAUGUUCCAACCCUAAUCUUGAAGGUGUUAGUCACGUUAUAGUUGAUGAAGUUCACGAAAGAAGCAUCCAAAUUGACUUUCUAUUAAUCCUUUUAAAGAGGCUACUUGAAACUAAUAAUAAAAUCAAACUUAUAAUUAUGAGUGCUUCUUUUAACACUGUUAUAUUUUCUAAUUAUUUUAAUAACUGUCCCGUGAUUCACGUACCUGGAAGAAGCUUCCCUGUUAGAGAUUACUAUUUGGAUGAUUUGUUAACCGACAAAAUUGAAUACAAAAACGAUUUAGAAAAGAAAGAUCCCAUUUUGGAUGUCGAUCUAGUGGUAGACAUUUUAAGUCAUAUUGAUAAAUUAAAGAAACCUGGUGCCAUUUUGUGUUUUUUACCUGGCUGGAAUGAUAUUCUAAAUGUAAAAAACAAGCUUCUAACUUAUCAUCCUAAUCCAUCCAAAUUGAUGGUGUGCUGUGCACAUUCAAGGUUGCCUCAUGAAGAACAGAGGAGGCUUUUUAAUAAACCUCCCAUUGAUGUUAGAAAGAUCAUCUUAGCCACAAAUGUUGCUGAAACGUCAAUAACUGUAAAUGAUGUUGUUUAUGUAGUGGACACUGGCCUUCAUAAAGAGACAUCAUUUGAUAGUGAGCAGGCAGUUGCUUCUUUAGGUACUCAGUGGAUAACAAAGGCCAAUGUUCGCCAAAGAAGUGGAAGAGCUGGUCGUGUUCAGCCUGGUGUUUGUUAUCAUCUGUUUACAAGAAAGGUGUUGAUGAAGUUGGAGGAUUAUCCCCUCCCUGAACUCUUAAGGAUGCCUCUGGAGAGUGUGAUUCUUGAUUGUAAACGUUACUGCCCUGAAUCUAAAGCUGAAGACUUUCUUUCAUCUGCCUUGCAUGCACCUAGCAAACCUUCUUUACAAGCUGGCGUUGAGGAGCUUCAAAUUAUUGGUAUACUUGAUGAAAAUGAACAAUUAACCGAUUUGGGAAAAGUUGUAGUCAAUUUUGGAACUCAUCCUAGAUUGUCAGUUGCUUUGGUUUAUGCAACAUUUUUAAGAUGUCUUGAUCCUGUCUUGACCAUUUGUUCAAUUCUAACUCUUGGUAAAGAACCAUUCCUAAAUACACUAGAAGAUAAAUCUCUUGUUAAAAAUAUAAAAAGAUCUUUUGAUAAUUUAAUGCUAAGUGAUCACUUAGCAUUAGCUAAAAUAUUUGAUGAAUGGAAAAGACUGGGAAAUGAUUCUAACCUUUCUAAGUUUAUGGAGCAGAAUUUCCUAGAUGAACAAAGUUUAAAUGUAAUAUCAGAUUUAAAAUCUCUUUUUGCUGAAAAUUUACAUACUGCUGGACUAAUUGAAUUUAAAGAUGAUUUUUGUGAUCCUAAAAGUAAGUGUAAUGAAAACAGUAACCAUGCUCCAAGCAUUUUUGCUGCACUUGCUGUUGCAUUUCAUCCUAAUGUUAUGAAAGUUCUUCAAGGUGAAAUAUCCCAAAACAGAAUAAACAAAGAUGCUAUCAUUUAUUCUCUUCUGAAGGGACAAAAAGGUUACAUACAGAAAGAGUCUGUUGCUUCAAAUGAGAGUGAACUGCCCAGUCCAUGGCUUAUCUAUUUUUCUGCUCUGCAAUCAAAGGCACGUAGACUUAUGAUGACCUCUGCAGUGUCCGCUAUCCCUGGUAUUAUACUUCCUCUUGUGUCUGGAAAGCAGUUAACUGUCUGUAAAAUGCCAUCUAGUCAUAAAGAAAGUGACAAUGUAUGUAUUAUGUUAGAUGAACAUAAAAAGUUGAAUUUUACUUGCUCCAAAGAGGAAGCUGAACUUAUUAUGCAAUUCAGAUCAAAGCUGGAUUGCUUUUUUGACAUAUAUAUUCAUUCUCUAACUACAAAAUCAGAAAAAUGUGAUCAAGCAAUUUCACUUUUCUACAACAAAGUUUUUCCUCUGUUGAAAAAAGUAUUAAAUAGUCCUCAAGUUCCUUUUACAAAAGGACAGAUUUAUAAAUUUGUAAAUAAUUCUUUAGUUUCGGAAGAUUUAUGAUAAUUGUAAUAAUUGUUAAAUCAGUAAAUAAAGUAUAUAUUUUCUCUUA